AUGGGCGCUGGACAGUCGAAGCAGCCAUACGUGUCUGACUUGAAGGCGUUCACCGCCGACGACAAGCCCGAGUCGUGGAAGGAGUAUGACUACGUGAUCGUGGGCGGAGGUACUGCUGGUUGUGUCCUUGCGUCGCGUCUGUCUGAGGACGAGAAUGCGAGUGUGUUGCUCAUCGAAGCGGGUGGAGAUUAUAAGAAGGAGCUGCUCAGCACUAUUCCGUUCGGCUGGCCUAAACUUCCCCGCACGCCUGUGGAUUGGAACUUCAAAUCGGUCGAACAGCCGCGGAAUAACAACCGCAGGUAUCCGGUGCCCCGCGGUCGUGUUCUUGGUGGUACUGGGCAGAUCAAUGCGUUGAUAUACCAGCCCGGGACGUCUGAAGACUGGGAUGAGUGGGAGCGCAUGGGUGCUGCAGGCUUCGGCUACAAGGACAUGCUUCCUUAUCUUCGCAAAGUCGAAUCAUUCACGCCUUCUGAGAAGUACCCCGACAUGAAACCCGAAGACCAUGGCAACGGUGGCCUAUGGAAGACGUCAAUGGCGAAGCAUGUCACACCACUCCACGUCAAGCUUAUGGAAGCUUGCAACGAGCUCGGGAUCAAGAGUAAUCCCGACUUCAAUGGAGCGAACGGUAACAUGGGCACCGGUACAUUUACCACUUUCAUCAACCCCACCAAUCAAAGCCGCCACUCUACAGCAGAAGCGUACUUAUCACCGGACGUUCUCAAGCGCCCCAACUUAACUGUCGUCCUCAAAACGACAACAGAGAAGAUUGUCUUCGACACCUCCAACCCCGAUGAGCCCAGAGCAAUUGGCGUACAGAUCAGCCAAGGACCCGACGCACCGAAGUACCGCGUCAAAGCGAAGCGCGAGGUCAUCGUCUGUGCGGGCGCCAUUUCGACGCCGCACAUUCUUCUUGCGUCGGGUGUUGGUCCGAAAGAGGAGUUGGAGAAGGUCGGUGUUUCGGUGGUGAAGGAUCUUUCGCAGGUUGGGAAGAACUUUGUUGACCAUAUGGCUGGUGGUCCGGUCUUCGUCCGCACUAAGCCGCAGUGGUCGUUGGACUACCUCAACAACCCGGUCUCCGGACUCGUUGCGCUCGGAAAAUGGCUCGUUUCCAGCUCAGGGCCUAUGACAUCUAUGGUCGCACCCGGCGCCGCUUUCGUACGCACCGACGAUACGAACAUCAAGUUCGAUCCUACACCGGGAGGCUACCAGAUCAAAGAUACGAGUGCCGGUCCCAACAGUCCCGACAUCGAACUGCUUUGGUUCCCUUUGAUCACCGGCGAUCUAUCGGGCGACCCUCCCAAAGGGAACGGGUUCACUGUUGGUGCGAUCGUGCUCAAGCAAGAAGGCAGUGGUUCCAUCACUUUGAAGACUUCGAGCGUAUACGAUGAGCCCAAUAUCGACCACAACACGUUCUCGACCGAGAACGACUGGCAUGUAGCAGCGCGCGGACUUCGUCUUUGUCUGCGUCUGGCACGCACAAAGGCGCUCGAGGGCAUCGCCAUCCCGAAGGCGCACUCAAAGGACUACGACGACUUCUACUGGCCAGGAGAUGCAGACCCCGACCAGAUCACCGAAGAGGAGCUGCGCUCGUACAUGCAAGCUCACUCGCUGCCGAUUUUCCAUCCGACAUCGACAGCGCGUAUCGCGCCGAGCGCUGAUACGGGUGUCGUUGAUGCGCGCUUGCGCGUGUUUGGCGUGAAGGGUCUUCGCGUAUGCGAUGCGAGCGUGUUGCCGAGGAAUGUGAGCGGGCAUCCUGCUGUGCCGGUUGUGGCUAUUGCGGAGAAGACUGCGGAUAUAUUGAAGGAGGAUGCGCGGGCGUAG